AUGAACAGAAGACAGACUGCACAGGCAACAAACACCGCGAGCUUGGAGGCAAAAAAAAGAGAAAAACUCGAACAACGGGAGAAGGAGAAGAAAAAACAAGCGAUGAGUCUUGCUGUUUCUGAAGAAGGAGAGUUUCAACAAAAAAAAAGAUAUCGCCAAAGAUUGGAUGCCGAGCAAUAUUCUUUAAAACUCAUCGACCAAGACCAAGCGUUGAUUGAGUUUUUGAAGACCGCUAAUUUUCUGGCCAAGAACCUUCUCUGCCCAUUUGCGACCGCCUUCGACAGAGUUGUUUUCAUCAACCCUCUGAAGUAUGGAAACGUGGGCCGUUUUUUGAGCCACAGCUGUCGUCCAAACCUGGAGAUGAUGCGUUAA